AUGGUCAAGAAUCCUUGUCACAUAGAAAGACGUUUCAAUCCUACAUAUAGAAAAGAAGGGGACCUAAUCAUUGCUGGAUUCCUCUCCCUUUUUGUGAAGGUACAAGUUUCAAUGGACAAAGUUUUCUUCAAAAUGUGUCCCUUCUGGAUUUAUGCACUACCAACGUCAAUGUUCAAACAAUAUCACCAUUUCCUUGCUCUUCAAUAUGCUGUUGAUGAGAUCAACAAGAAUCCUUAUUUGCUGCCGAACACAACCUUGGGAUAUCAGUUACUCAAUAACUUCCAUCUGGAGAAACUAGCUGUGGAGAGCUCCUUAAUAUGGCUAUCAGGUAGAGGUCCUAUUAUUCCCAAUUAUAGCUGUGAUAAACAGUCCAAUUCUGUGGCUGUCAUUGGAGGGAUGUCCGCUACACUUUCCAUGGCCAUGGCCACCAUUCUCGAACUGUAUAAAGUUCCACAGCUCCAUCACAUUCUGAAAUCCAUCAAUUCUGUCAAUAAGGCUAUUGAUGAGUCACAUGAGGAAGGAGCCCAGCCAGCUGCUGAGAUAUAUGAUAUACUGAAUUAUAAAUCCUUUCCUGACCAGAUAGAGGCUCUGGUCAAAGUGGGUGAAGUGUAUCCUCUUGCUCAGAGGUUCACCAUUAUGGAAGAAGACAUAGAUUGGCCAGAAGAUUUCAAUCAGACUCCAACUUCUAGGUGCAAUCUGAAGUGUGGCCCUGGAUUCAAAAAAACAGCUCUUGAAAGACAGCCAAAGUGUUGCUAUGCUUGUACUCCAUGUCCUGAAGGAACAAUUUCCAACCAGACAGAUGCAGAGCAGUGCCUGCAAUGCCUCGAAGAUCAAUAUCCUAAUAGGGAAAGAGAUCAUUGCCUCCCCAGGACUAGGACGUUCCUGGCCUAUGAGGAACUUCUGGGAAUGACUCUGGCCAGUGCAGCCAUCUGCUUCUCCCUCCUCACUGUGCUGGUCCUGGGGGUCUUUGUGAAGCACAGGGACACCCCUAUAGUCAAAGCCAAUAACCGCAGUCUCAGCUACACUCUGCUGGUCUCCCUUACCCUCUGCUUCCUCUGCUCCUUGCUCUUCAUCGGCCAUCCUACCACAGCCACCUGCCUGCUGCGCCAAACCACAUUCGCAGUUGUCUUCACAGUGGCCGUUUCCUCCAUUUUGGCUAAAACCAUCACUGUGGUUCUGGCCUUCAGGGCCACCAGACCAGGGAGCAGGCUCCGGAGCUGGCUGGGAUCCGCAGCAUCUUACUCUCUCAUUUUCACCUGCACCCUCAUCCAAAUGUGUCUCUGUGGCAUCUGGCUUGGAACAUCCCCCCCGUUCUUGGAGAUGGACAUCCACUCUGAGCCUGGCUCCAUUAUCAUCCAGUGCAAUGAGGGCUCCCUCCUCAUCUUCUACUGUGUCCUGGGCUACAUGGCCUUGCUGGCCUUGGCGAGCUUCACCGUGGCUUUCCUGGCCAGGAACCUGCCAGACACUUUCAAUGAAGCCAAGUUCCUGACCUUCAGCAUGCUUGUGUUCUGCAGCGUCUGGAUCUCCUUCCUCCCCUCGUACCAGAGCUCCAAAGGCAAGGCCAUCGUUGCCUUGGAAGUGUUUGCCAUCUUGACCUCCAGUGCCGGGAUUCUCACUUGCAUCUUUGUUCCCAAGUGCUUUGUGAUCCUUCUAAGAUCAGACCAAAAUACUCUGGGGAUACUUAAAAAGAAAGCUAAUCCCUGA